AUGGAAGGGAUUGAUUCUACAGAUGAACUUACUGAGGGGAAUGAAAUCAAGUGGAGUGCCAUCGGGAAAAAGAAGAUUUUUGUGGCAGGUGCUACUGGAAGUACCGGGAGAAGAAUCGUUGAGCAGCUACUGGCUAAAGGUUUUCGGGUUAAAGCUGGAGUUCGAGACCUGGACAAAGCAAAAACUAGCCUCCCCCAAGACAACCCAGCUCUUGAAAUCGUGAAAGCAGACGUGACAGAGGGUUCUGCGAAGCUAGCAGAUGCGAUAAGCCAUGAUUCAGAAGCUGUGAUUUGUGCCACGGGAUGUCGCCCUGGAUGGAAUUUGUAUGCUCCAUGGAAGGUUGAUAAUUUGGGCACAAUCAACCUUGUAGAGGCAUGCCGGAAACUUGGUGUGACUAGGUUUAUCCUUGUGAGUUCCAUUUUAGUCAAUGGAGCAGCAAUGGGCCAGAUUCUCAAUCCAGCUUACAUCUAUCUUAAUGUUUUUGGAUUCGCCUUGAUAUCAAAGCUUCGCGCGGAACAAUAUGUUAGGGAGUCGGGCAUAAACUAUACGAUAAUCAGGCCUGGCGGGUUGAGAGACGAGCCUCCAACUGGAAAUCUUGUGAUGGAGUCAGCGGACACUCUUCAUCAAGGCAUAAUCUCAAGAGAUCAGGUUGCAGAAGUAGCAGUUGCGGCACUAGUCCGCCCUGAAGCAUCUUACAAGGUUGUAGAAAUAGUUUCGCGGCCCGACGCCCCCAAGCGUUCAUGUGGCGAACUUUUUAGUUCAAUCGCUCACCGGUGACCUCUGAUCAGUUUGGUUCCACAAAAGUUUUAGUUUAGAGGCCUUCUGAUUCAGAGAUUGCAGAUAGCAUGCUUGAUCAAAAUUAAUGCAGAUAUGUUAUGA